UCCAUAAACCCUCAUGAUGCAAACCAAUCUUCUACCUUUCGCUAUCUUUCUUCCUCUAUAGGCGAGAUGUCCAAGAUCCAGUGCCAAAAACCCAGCAACCCCACACUGAAGCUCUUCGGCUUCGCCUUGGAAGCUUCUGUUGAUCCCGCGCCGAUAACAGAUUCCUCCUUCUCGGCCUCCACAGCCUCCGUCGCUGCCGCAGCCUCAGCCGCCGAUGGCCGGAAAUUCGAGUGCCAAUACUGCUUCCGCGAGUUCACCAACUCCCAAGCUCUCGGUGGCCACCAAAACGCCCACAAGAAGGAACGCCAACAGCUGAAGCGCGCUCAGCUCCACCAAGCCGCGGCCGCCUCAAAUCUCUACUCGCGCGCCAAUCCGAUGGUCUCCGCCUUCGCAACCCCGCCGCCGCUCCUACCCGACUACUUAGUCGCCGGAGCAUCACCGCCGGCCAACAGUUUUCUUUACUUCUCUCGUCCAUCUCUUCCCUCACAGUUCCAAAUCUCCCAUGGCGGCGUCUUCCCCUCCUUUUCGAACACACCGCCAACUUUAGGCCGCGGGAUCGCCGACGGCGUGGUGGUCGGGCGCCGGAUCCGGUCCGUACCGGUUUCGCUUGGUCAGUUCGCUGCUCCGACCAUCCCUGGCGGCUCUGACAACUCGUAUGGAGUAGACCUUCAUCUCAGCCUGGCGCCAGCGCGUUCCAGCAUCGUUUGAUCCGUCAUUCGUUGUAACUCUCUGUACCAUCAAUUAAACCUGUACAUCUAAUCUUUAUUUUCCUAAUUUUGAACGCAUUAUGCUUG